UUUAAAAUAAUUAUUUAAUAGCGCGUAAGAAUAUAUACGCAUCAGUGCACAUUCAAAAUGGCGCUGCCCAUUGCACUGAGAGGUUCAUCAGGUAUUUGGAUGAUAAAUGGACCACCCAAUCAAGGAUCUGUGGCUCCAUUUACAAAGGAGACAAGUGGAAGAUGCAAGGUCAUGGUGUUUAGUAUGGAUGGCUCAUUGUUUGCCUGGUCUAACGGAGACUGUGUGAAGAUUUAUGAUACACAACGAAAUCAGGUGAUACAGGAGCUCGAGAGACCCAAGGCAUCAUGUAUGAUAUUCUCUCCACAGGGAACACUGCUAGUUAUUUGGGAACCUUACUCAGUGGACAAAGAAACUCAGGCUGGUGUUCCAAACCUACACAUCUACAAUGUUGCAACAGGAAAAUGUGUGAAAAGUUUGAUACAGAAGAAGUUCAGCUACUGGGCUCCCCAGUUUUCAGCAGAUGAGAAAAUCUGUUGCAGAAAUGUAAACAACGAGUUACACUUCUUUGAGGACAGAAACUUUGAUGAAAUCAAGACCAAACUUCAUCUACAGAAGGUAGCAGGGUAUAGUUUAGCUGCAGCAGGGCCUCCAUACAUGGUAGCUGGGUAUGUGCCUGGAGGAAAGGGUCAGCCAUCAUUUGUUAGAGUAUACAAGUACCCUAACUUUGGUGGGCCGAAUGCUGCAGUGGCUAAUAGAACAUUUUUCAAGGCAGACAAGGUAGAGAUGAUGUGGAAUAAAGCUGGUAACGCUCUCCUGUUGCUAACGACAACAGAUACAUCAGAAUCUUCAUACUAUGGUGAUCAAGGUUUACAUUUUCUAGGAGUGAAUGGGGAAAGUAAUUUGGUACAUUUGGGUAAAAAUGGACCGGUUUACCAUGUAGAAUGGAGUCCCAAAUCAACAGAGUUCUGUGUGGUAUAUGGCUUUAUGCCAGCAAAGGCUACAAUAUACAACAUGAAGACGGAACCUGUGUUUGAUUUCGGAACUGGACCUCGAAACUUUGGUUUCUAUAAUCCUCAGGGAAAUAUUCUAUGUUUAUGUGGUUUUGGGAAUCUCCAUGGCAACAUGGAGUUUUGGGAUGUGAAACAGAAGAAAAUGAUCUGUCAGGCACAGUCUCCCGACACAACAAGCUUUCAGUGGUGUGCUAAUGGAGAACAUUUUGUCACAGCUACCACAGCUCCAAGGUUACGGGUAGGCAAUGGGUAUCGAAUAUGGCAUUAUUCUGGUGCAGUAUUAGAACAGAAGUUAAUGGACAAAGGCGAGGAGCUUUGGGAGGCAUUCUGGCAACCUGCCCCAGAGAAAAUGUUCCCAGAGAAGCCCAUUAGCUAUAGACAGGUGCAGUCUGAAGUACAAGCGCCAGCACCACCAGCUGCACAGCAAGCUUAUGUACCACCUUCAUUGAGAGGGCAGCAGAAUAAACCAUCGACAAAGCUACAUGAAUAUGAACCUCCUUCUAAUGCUAAACAGUCACAAGCAGAUGCCAACAAGCCAGCAAGUAAAAAUAAGAAGAAGAAAGAAGCAAGAAAAGCUAGACAGAUGGAGAAUGAUCAACAAGAACCAGGGAAUCAGCAAGCAGCAGCAAGCAGUGCACCUAGCAACCCACAACCUUCCACAGGUGAUCCAGAGAAAGAUAAGAAAAUAAAAAAUCUCAGAAAAAAACUUCAGCAAAUUGAGAAAUUAAAAGAACAGAGGAAUGCAGGGAAACAACUUGAGAAAAAUCAGAUUGAGAAAUUAAAGACUGAAGAUUCUUUAAUAUCAGAACUUGAAGAACUAGAAAUCAGCUGAGAAGAAAGAACUGUAGAAGUUUUAUAGUGCUUAAAACAAUACUGUGAUAUUUCAGGUAGACAAGAAGAAGAAUAAAAUAUACACUAGUCGAGUUUAUUUUUGUGAGAAUUUCUUGAUUUUUGGUGUCAGGACUGGAUAAACUGUGGAGAUGCAAAAAAGCUGAGAUAUCUGAAUUUAUCUAAAUUUUAAAUGCAGUUUGAAAGUGUGUCAACAGUUUCAAAAACAUGUAAAAGUGUUCUGGUAACAAGGAAGUGGAUAAAUUGUAUAUGUUAAAAUGAUAACCUAAAGCACAUAUUGUUUACAUUGCAAGAAUACCCAAAUGUAGUAAUCUGUGCAAAGUGUAUGUUUUUUUAUCUGUUUCCUGCAGAUAAGAACGUUUGUGUCAUUCUCGGAAGCAUGUCAAAUAUUUAUUUUUGGUGUGUUUUGGUUGUGAAACUUGUUUUUAAUACUAUUUUGUGUGACACCCAUCAGUUUAUUUUGGUGCAAUACUUUCUUUAGAUCAUGUAGCACUAAGUGCUGAAAGUUGAGAUGAUUAGAUUUUAGCAAUGUUUGCUGGGAUAAAGUUCUGAGAUAAUAGGGGGGUUUGCUUUAAAUGACUUCUUUGCCAGGAAGCAUCCGCCAGUUGUAGGAAGUUAAAACAUUGUAACAUCGAUGCCUCAGACUGCGCUUGUAUUAGGGGGGAAGACCCUAUUAAGUCCCCUACCGGUGUAAUUGUGGUCAGUUAGCAACCUCACUGGGUCAAAUUAUGCCCCUUUUUGGAUUUAGAAAUCCUGGUUAAAGUUAUGUAUGCAAGUUACUGUCUUUAAAACUGAUGAAGAUAUUGAAUCUAAACUUCACAUGUUUCGUUGGGGUUAUAAAAUUAGGUGAAAGCAUCAAGUCCCAUAUUUUAGGCAAAUUAUGCUCCUUUUUGGACAUCGAAAAUUGUGGUUGAAAGUUUUGCAUGCAGCUACAUAUAGCUAUUAUUUAAAGGCAUAUAGUUUUGAAACCUAUUUUUUCUUUUUCUAGGUCAAUAACCAACCUCACAAGAUCAAGUCCCGUAACUCUGACAUGUAGUUUGGGCAAAUUUUGCCCCCUUUUUAGACUUAGAAAAUGCUGGUUAAAGUUUUACAUGCAAGUUACUAUCCAGAACAAUGCAUAUAUUGAUUUGAAACUUCACUGUGUCUUCCAGGUUAUAAAACUAGGUGAUAGCAUCAAGUCCAAUAACUCUGACAUGUAUUUUGUCCAGAUUAUGCCAUUUGAGUCCAGAAAAAGUCCUCCAAAACUAAUGCAGAUACUUGAUCAUUAUAAUGUAAAUCAAUGCCUUAGCACGAUUAAAUUAGUUUGACUAUUAAAGUUAUUAUUUUGCAUGAACACUGUAUUACUGAUUUUGUUUGUCAACAGAAAAAAUUGUUAAUAAAGAUACAUAAAAAGUUGUCAA